UCGCCACCCACCCUCGCCGUCUCGGCUUCCUCUCGCCCAGGCGCCGCGCGCGGACCAGGCAGCCGUCCGCUCCCGCCGAGCUCCACGGUAGAAAAAAAAAUAAAAGGGUGUCAAAGCAAAAGAAUAAGAGACCUUACCUCAAAUUUGCAUCAAGAUGGAAACCUUUUGCCUCAGGGUGUUGUUUGGGUUGGCGCUGGUUGGAUGUGUCAUCAGUGAUAAUCCUGAGAGCUACAGCACAAAUCUAAGCACCCAUGUGGACGAUUUCACCACUUUUCGUGGGACAGAACUCAGCUUCAUGGUUACCACACAUAGACCCACGAAUUUGGCCCUCCCCAACAAUGGCUCAAUGCACAACUAUUGCCCACAGCAGACUAAGAUUACUUCAGCUUUCAAAUACAUUAACACUGUGAUAUCGUGUACUAUUUUCAUCGUGGGAAUGGUGGGGAAUGCAACCCUGCUCAGGAUCAUUUACCAGAACAAGUGCAUGAGGAAUGGCCCCAACGCACUGAUAGCCAGCCUUGCCCUCGGAGACCUUAUCUAUGUGGUCAUUGAUCUCCCUAUCAAUGUAUUUAAGCUGCUGGCUGGGCGCUGGCCUUUUGAUCACAAUGACUUUGGCGUAUUUCUCUGCAAGUUGUUCCCCUUUUUGCAGAAGUCCUCAGUGGGGAUCACCGUCCUCAAUCUCUGCGCUCUCAGCGUUGACAGGUACAGAGCAGUUGCCUCCUGGAGUCGUGUUCAGGGAAUUGGGAUUCCCUUGGUCACAGCCAUUGAGAUUGUCUCCAUCUGGAUCCUUUCUUUUAUCCUGGCCAUCCCCGAAGCCAUCGGCUUUGUCAUGGUGCCCUUUGAAUACAAGGGUGAACAGCACAAAACCUGUAUGCUCAAUGCCACGUCAAAAUUCAUGGAGUUCUACCAAGAUGUUAAGGACUGGUGGCUGUUUGGGUUCUACUUCUGCAUGCCCCUGGUGUGCACCGCGAUCUUUUACACCCUCAUGACUUGUGAGAUGUUAAACAGAAGGAACGGCAGCCUGAGAAUUGCCCUCAGUGAACACCUGAAACAGCGUCGAGAAGUGGCAAAAACAGUUUUCUGUUUGGUCGUAAUUUUCGCUCUGUGCUGGUUCCCUCUUCAUUUAAGCCGUAUUUUGAAGAAAACCGUGUAUGAUGAAAUGGACACGAACCGAUGUGAAUUACUUAGUUUCUUGCUGCUCAUGGAUUACAUCGGUAUUAACUUGGCAACCAUGAAUUCAUGUAUAAACCCAAUAGCUCUAUAUUUUGUGAGCAAGAAAUUUAAAAAUUGUUUCCAGUCUUGCCUCUGCUGCUGCUGUUACCAGUCCAAGAGUCUGAUGACCUCAGUCCCCAUGAAUGGAACAAGCAUCCAAUGGAAGAACCAUGAACAAAACAACCAUAACACAGAGAGGAGCAGCCAUAAGGACAGUAUAAACUAAAUAUCUUAAGGAACAUUCAUCAAUAUACUUCAAAUCCUAUUGGAGAAAAAAAAAAAAUCAACACAACUGCAUCUCCAGAAAUCUCUUCUUCCAUCCUUCUCCCAUGACUCAGUACCACCCCCUGGAAAAAUGUUUUCCAAAACGUUGAAGGGUCGACUGGUUUAUACCCACAAAUUCAACGAAUCUUACUUUGAUUUAUCUAACUUACAUAUUCUGCAUGUUGUAUUCAGCCCUAAAAAACGGUGGGAGUUGGUGGGGGAAAGGAGAUUGUUCAGUUAAACCAGAAGGAUAUAUACUAUCUUUGCAUGAAAAUAGAGUUUUCGAGUACAUGGCUAGCUUUCAUGGCGGUUCUGUAGAAUGUUCCGUAAGAACUGGUCACCAUGAAAAGUUUAGAAAUUAUAACAAGGUUUUCUAUUUUUUUAAA